AUGAACAAGAUGAAUGCUUUCCGAGGAACAGAUGCCGCUUCAUUAGCAUUCAAGGAGGAAUUGGUAAAAUUAGCACCGGGAUACUACCUCGGAGAUCUCCAUCGUCAUAUUUAUAUGACAGGACAAGACCUAGUACGCGAUGCAUGCACUGCAUAUCAAGAAGCUCUCGCAGAGGAAGAAGAAGUGGUUGAAGAUGCUAAGCCUGCUCACCCGAGCAAACCUUUGAUGAAAUCGUUCCUCGAUCUCGGCUUGACCAAGAAUGUGAUUCAUGGUAACAGAUCAUCCUUUGAAUCAGCGUGCCAAAACUGGCUCUCUUCCGCGAAAAUGUAUCACCCAGCAUUUGGAUACUUCAAAUUUGAAUACUUGAUGUUUGGCCAAAUUGAUUACAAGUCUUGUUUUCGGGUUGAUGAUACUCUUAAUCAUGCCGGUACUUCAGAGAUAAAAAAAUAUCCAGCCCCAUCGCACUCUUGGUUGCAUGCACUACCAGACACUUUCGCUGGAGAUGAUAGCGACACUGAGCCGCUCAGAAGCACUUAUAAUCAGUUCAUGGAGAGCGAAGCUGAUGGAGAUAUCUACAACUCCAAAGAUUUCAAGGGAGGCGAAACUACAGGCCAUGCUGGUGAUUCCCACCAGCCAUGUCUCGCAGCGCCAAGAUCCUCUAAAAAUUCAAGCGUUUUUGAGAGUACAUCCUACAUUCCACCUCAUAAGAGGAGCGAUACGGAUAGCUCACACUCUCGAUCACAAUCCGAUUCUGUUGUUCUACAGUCGAAGACUCCUCCGGGUAGAGGCAGAGUCAGCCACGGAAGCCAGUCUGAAGACGGCUCACAAUGGCAAGCAGACCCCAGUAUGAACAGACGAACAUUGACUGGAGGCUAUUACAAACCGCACUUCAGUCUUUACGUACCGGCCUAUGUACACAGUGGCUCCAUACAUCCAAUGACAGAGAGUAGUCACAGCAGAUCGCUUUCAACCCAGUCAAAUUACAAAGAGACGGGACAAGGCACCAAGGCGAUUAAAGAUCUUGCCGACAACCUUAACUGCUCAUUGUUUGUGAGCCAUCUCCCAGAAGAUAUCAAGUAUAAGGAGAUAUUCGCAGUCAUCACCACCGGUUCCGUGGUAUCUGUACACAUUAACGAACCCAUUCCUGGACGUCCCUUUUCCGCUGCCAAGAUCACCUUCAAAUAUCCCGAAGGAGCUGCUCGAUUCAUGGCACUAGUAAAUAGUCCCGUGGGUAUCCAAAUCCGCGACCAUCAUGUCGCUGCUGUCUACAAUGGCUACGGCAUGGUCAAACACGCUCAGGAACAUCAGAGUCGUGUCAUUCAUAUUCAUGGACCCUAUAAACUCAUGGCUGAGGGUUACUGGAGAAAAUACUUUGGCAAGGUCACGAGAUAUCAACUUGAUCAUGUUGGUUAUUUGCCAUUUGACCCAAAUAACAAAGUCACAAGGUUCAUGGAGUUUCGCUUUGCCAGAAUUGAAGCACAGGCUCAAUCAAUCUUGAUAACUAUUAUCCAUGAUCCUCAGUUUGAGGGUAAGGUAAUCUGUAAAUAUGGGCCAGAUCCUUGUGGAAAAGCCUGGGAGACCUUGCCUCACAAAUGA